UGGGGCUGGCACGUCUAGAUUCCUGGAGAUCACCAUGGCGAUUGCCCUGGCAGCUCUGGGGCUCCUCGCUUUCCUGCUCGGCUGCUCCGGAACCUUUGCCCAACCCCAAAACUCAGAGCGAGCCGCCAAGUGCUCCCUGACAGGCAGAUGGGUGAAUGAGAAGGGUUCCAAGAUAGUCAUCUCCCAUGGCAAUAAUGCUGGGGUGUUCAGAGGCUUCUACCUGACAGCCCUGACUGCCACCGACAACACCAUCCGGCCAUCCGUGCUGCAGGGCAUCCAGCACCUGGGUCACCAGUCCACCUUUGGCUUCGUUGUCAAGUGGAACUUCUCUGCCUCCAGCGCAGUCUUUGUGGGCCAGUUUUUCCUGGAUGAGAAUGGAGAGGAGCUGCUGAAGACAGCCUGGCUGCUGUGUGCAGAGGUGGGAACCAUGGCAGAGGAUUGGAAGGCAGCCAGGGAUGUUUCAGCACCCACGGCUGAGCAGCUCCUGGCCUAGCGUAAUUGGAUCUCCUUCCUGCAGCCUGAUCUUUCCUGGCGGAGGGGGUAUGUGUGCUUCUCCUCUCUCCUUCUUCCAGGGCAGGGAGGUUGGUGCAGCCCUGUUCCAAAUCUCUCUGCCAGGGUCCUGCCAGCCUAUCCAACUGCUCCCAGGACCUCUGGAGUCUUUGGGAAGCUCCAGGACCGAUAAGUUCCCCCAGAUGAGAUGCCCUCAAUAAUUAAGUGAAAUGAAAUUGUUGCUGGUGGCCAUUGUGGCUGCCUCAUCAAGUCGAGGGAUUGCCCCUGCCCCUGCUUGCCCAGCUGCCAGGUUCUUGGCCAAGGCAAGCGUGUCUUUGGCAAAGGGACCAAGCUGGAGAGAAAGCCAUUCAGUGGUCACGGUUCGAAGGCUUCUCUUCAAAGCAGCAGUGCAGGAGUCCCCCAUCCAUAGAGAAAAAGAGUCCCAGGUCAGUCCUGCAGCCAGCUGGGCAGCGCUUGGCCCAAGAGUAGGAGGAGGGGGGCAUUGGCGUUCCCCCUUCUCAAAAUGAAACCAAUGCAUGGAGGAGGAAAACAGGGACUGCAGAAGUGCUGUGAACGGCAGCCAGACACCACCCCAGCCCAGCAAAGUGCUUCUGAGGACA